GGCAAAAGUGAGGCGGCGUCGACGCGAGUUGAGACUUGAGACGCCCAAAAAAUCCUCAAAAUCCCAUUGCUCACCCGCGUUAUAUAACCGCGGCCGGCCAUUGGGAGGGACGCCGCGAGGGGUGCUCGUUUCAGCGCGGGAGGAGAUCAGAUCGGGCUCAGAUCUUCCAGCUCGCCGCGCCGCCUCCGCCGCCGCAGCAGGAAGAGAGAGGGUGAGGAGAGGAGGAGGCUACGAUGUUUAGCGGGACGCAGCAGAAGUGCAAGGUGUGCACCAAGACGGUGUACCCGAUGGACCAGCUCUCCACCGACGGCGUCGUCUUCCACCGCUCCUGCUUCAAGUGCCAACACUGCAAGUCCACCCUCUCCCUUGGCAACUACUCCUCGAUUGAAGGAGUGCCAUACUGCAAGCCCCAUUUCGAGCAACUGUUCAAGGAGACCGGGAGCUACAACAAGAGCUUCCAAUCACCCGCGAAACCCGCAUCGGAGAAGUUGACUCCUGAGCUGACAAGAUCACCUAGCAAAGCCGCACGCAUGUUUUCAGGGACACAGGAGAAGUGUGCCACUUGCAGUAAAACAGCGUAUCCUCUAGAGAAGGUGACAGUUGAAGGACAGGCCUACCACAAGUCCUGCUUCAAAUGUUCUCACGGUGGCUGUGCCAUUUCGCCAUCCAAUUAUGCAGCUUUGGAAGGUAUCCUAUACUGCAAGCACCAUUUCUCCCAACUUUUCAAGGAGAAAGGGAGCUACAACCAUCUGAUCAAAUGCGCAUCAGUCAAGCGCGCCGAAGCACAGCCGGCACCACCACCGGCCGCUGCAGAUUCCUCCUGAAUGUACCAUAUCUCCAGUGAGGCUUGAGGGCGAAAAUUCGGAAGCCCUCUGUUUUACAACCUGCUUGUAUGCCAUGUUCCAGUUCUGAGGAUACCGGGACCUAUCAAUUUCGUGUCCUCUGCUGUGCUAGACUCGAUCACAUUGGUGAACCAUGAAUAUCAUGUCCCUUUCAAAGAAAUCGUUGUGCAAGUACUGAUAUACCGUACUCUAUUUUGUUGAUUGCUUUUUGAGCGUGUGUU